UUAAGGAGAUGGACUUUUUCCGCGCCGAGCAGUUCCCUGAGACGUCGAGUGUUAUUAGCAAGAUUUAAGUAACACCUAAACGAACCACUUCAGAAAACAAAACGUCGACUUCAAGUUGGCUUUUAAGGAGUAGCAAGCCGCCGCGCGCAGAUUCGGCAACGACUUUUUUUUUUUACGUCUAAUAUCUUAAUUAUUAUUAUUAGUCAGAUAUUACUUAUGAACUCGUCAAACGUCUUCUAAAUGAAUUAAGUAUUGACCACGUUGAUGUAAUAAAUUUCUCUCUUCAUCGUGUAGGGUGCCAUUACAAGCUCCUCUCUACAGUGGCCGAAACACACCGUUGAUAUCCCUCCGCCGAAAGCUCGCGUUUUACCAUUUGGAGGGGGAGGGGGAUCUGGAUAAAAAGACCUACAUAAGAUUAAAAUCAGACGACUAAAGUCAACAUUUUCUCCUCAUAAAAAAUUGUGUGCGCGCAGAUCUUGCGUCCCCGUCAUGUGCGGCGGUGUUUGGCAGCCAAACCCAGCCGGGGGGGUGCACUAGACUUGCCGCCACGCGGAGGAGCACCGUGAGCGGAGGCGAGCCGGGCCUGUUUUCGAGCGCCUGAAUGGAGGCAGCCUCUUCCUGGUGGAUAAACAGUGACAGCUACAGGGCAGCCACCGACACCCAGCGGCCCGGCUCCGGCUCUGGCGCUGCCCUCACGGAAGCACGCCGAAAACAUGGCUUCAGACAGGCCGCAGCUCGCGCACUUGACUUCUGAGCUCUACUUCCUAAUCGCCCGCUUUCUCGAAGCCGGACCGUGCCAAGAAGCAGCAGAGACGCUGAUAAGGGAGGUAGAGGAUAAGGAGCUGCUGCCCAAGAGGUUGGACUGGACCGGACAGGAACACCCCGGGACGUAUGACAAUUUGGUGAAGCUGUACCGUCACAUCAGUCCCGGGCACCUGCUGCACGUAUGCUCCAGGGUGUGUCCUUUACUGGAGCGGGAUGUCCCAGCCAGCGUGCCCGGACUCAGCAGCUUGCUGGGGGCGGGCCGACAGAAUCUCCUCCGCACCAGCAAGAGUUGUAAGCAUGUUGUAUGGAAGGGUUCGGCGCUGGCGGCGCUUCACUGCGGGCGACCGCCAGAGCCUCCCAUCAUCUACGGUAGCCCGGCCAACAUCGUGGAGACCAGCCACGGCCGGCGGCUAAACGGUUCUUACCGCUUGCGUCAGCUGGUGCCCACCGCUGUGUAUCAGCACAUGAAGAUGCAUAAGAGGAUCCUGGGACACCUUUCCUCCGUCUACUGCGUCACCUUCGACAGGACAGGAAGACGCAUUUUCACCGGUUCUGACGACUGCCUGGUGAAAAUCUGGCGCACGGAUAACGGUCGUCUGCUGGCAACGUUGCGUGGGCACGCCGCCGAAAUCUCCGACAUGACGGUCAGCUACGAGAACACCAUGAUUGCCGCCGGCUCGUGCGACAAGACCAUCCGAGUGUGGUGCUUGCAGACGUGCGCCCCGCUAGCCGUGCUGGAGGGCCACGCAGCGUCCAUCACUUCUCUCCAGUUUUCUCCUCUAUGUAGCGGCUCCAAGCGCUACCUGUCCUCCACGGGCGCUGACGGCACCAUCUGUUUCUGGCAGUGGGAUGCACGCACACUCAAGUUCGGUCAAAGGCCGAGUAAGUUCACCGAGCGUUCCAGACCCGGCGUCCAGAUGAUGUGCUCCUCCUUCAGCGCAGGUGGGAUGUUCCUGGCGACAGGAAGCACGGAUCAUAUCAUCAGAGUGUACUACUUUGGCUCAGGACAACCAGAGAAGAUCUCAGAACUGGAGUCCCAUUCAGACAAAGUUGACAGCAUCCAGUUCUCUCACUGCAGCGACCGGUUUGUGAGCGGCAGCAGGGACGGCACGGCACGCAUCUGGCAGCUGCAGCCUCAAGGCUGGAGGAGCAUCCUGCUAGACAUGCAGACUAAAUUACCAGGGAAGUACAACCCACCACCACUAGAAGACAAGGUGACCAAGCUAAAGGUCACCAUGGUGGCGUGGGACCGCCACGACGGCACGGUGAUAACGGCAGCCAACAACCUGACGCUGAAGGUCUGGAAUUCCAUCAGCGGAAACCUGGUUCACGUCCUGAUGGGUCACGAAGACGAGGUUUUUGUCCUGGAGCCGCACCCCUUCGACCCCCGCAUCCUUUUCUCGGCGGGGCAUGACGGCAAUUGUAUUGUGUGGGACCUGGCCAGGGGCGUCAAGAUCCGAUCCUACUUCAACAUGAUCGAGGGUCAAGGGCACGGGGCGUUGUUUGACUGCAAGUGUAGUCCGGACGGGCAACAUUUUGCUGCCACCGACUCCCACGGUCACCUACUCAUCUUCGGCUUUGGCUCUAGCGGGAGAUAUGACAAGAUUGCCGACCAGAUGUUCUUCCACACCGACUACCGGCCACUAAUCCGUGACGCUAACAACUACGUGCUGGACGAGCAGACCCAGCAGGCGCCUCAUCUUAUGCCGCCCCCCUUCCUGGUGGACGUGGACGGCAACCCACAUCCGCCCCGAUACCAGCGACUGGUACCUGGCCGAGAGGGCUGUCGGGACGAGCAGCUCAUCCCCCAGAUGGGCGUCACCUCCUCGGGUUUAAACCAAGUGGUCAGCGAGCAAGCGGUGGAUGGCCCCAGUCCCCUGGAUACCAUGAUCCAGAGAUUACAGCAGGAACAGGACCAGAGGCUGGGCUCCAAUGAGACACCUUCUGCUACUGCCCCUGCUGCUUCCGCUGCUGUUCCCCCGGGCUCCCUCGUCAGCAGAGGGUCUGUGGGUUCUCCGACAGAGGUGCACUCACCGCCCAACGUGGGGCUCCGUCGUAGCGGGCAGAUCGAAGGUGUGCGGCAGAUGCACAGCAACGCCCCACGCAGCCAGAUGGCCACAGAAGGAGACUUGGUGGCGUGGAGCCGCCGGGUGCUGGUGCCUGAGCUGGAGGAUGCUUCUGUCAGGAAACAGGUGAACUGGCGAGAGGCCAAAGGGGAGGAGGAGAUCAACAUUUACCAGUCGGAACGCCGAAGACGCACUAUCCACUCUCUGCCCAAGGAGAGCAGGGUUCAUCCAACUUCAGAGAGUGUGGUUGAUGAGGGAAGGCGGAGUCAGGGUAACCACGGUUAUCAAACCCGAGCAGCCGUGGAGGAGACGAGCCGGCAGAGUGCCGAGAUUGCCGACGAUGACGACAGCAUCUCAGAGGGCGAGGCAGAGGUGCGGCAGAUCAACGGACACUCGUCAGAAGAGGAAAAGGAUGAGGAGCAAAAAGAGCCCUGGCCUGACGAUCACAGCAGUUCAAGCGACUACUCCAGCGACUACUCAGACUGGACAGCUGACGCAGGCAUCAACUUGGAGCCGCCCAAGAAAAGCGUAAAGGUGAAGAAGAAGAGCAGCAGCUCAGAAGAGGACAGCGACAAGAAGCGCGACCCCAAGAAAGAACGCAAGAAGGACAAAGCCGACAAGGAUGGAGCAUUACCAAAGAAAAAGAAGCCAAAUGAGAAGAAGAGGGCAGAGUUUGAAGAGCAAGGACUGACUUUGGAAGAGUGGCUUCCCUCUUCCUGGAUCACGGACCUGCUCCCCAGGAGAUGUCCUUAUAUUCCACAGAUGGGAGACGAAUUGUACUACUUCCGUCAGGGCCACGAGGCAUAUGUGGAGAUGGCCAAACAAAAGAAAAUUUACAGCAUCAACCCUAAGAAGCAACCCUGGCACAAGAUGGAGCUGCGGGAACAGGAACUGAUGAAAAUUGUUGGAAUAAAGUAUGAGGUGGGUCUGCCCACAUUAUGCUGCCUCAAGUUGGCCUUCCUGGAUCCGGACACUGGAAAACUGACUGGAGGAUCCUUCUCCAUGAAGUACCAUGACAUGCCAGACGUCAUUGACUUCCUGGUGCUCCGGCAACAGUUUGAAAACGCCAGGAAGCGACAAUGGACUAUUGGUGACAGGUUUCGCUCUGUGAUCGACGACGCCUGGUGGUUCGGCACCAUCGAGAGUCACGAGCCGUACCAGACGCAGUACCCAGACAGCCUGUUUCUAUGCUACAACGUUUGUUGGGACAAUGGCGACACGGAGAAGAUGAGUCCAUGGGAUAUGGAGCUAAUUCCUGAUGAGGCGUCAUUCCCAGACGAAUUGGGCACGAGUGUCCCACUCACGGAAGAGGAGCAUCGUGAGCUCUUGUACGUGCCGCUGGACGGCGAAUGGGGAUGCCGCACGCGCGCCGAUGAGUGCGAGCGCAUCAUCAAAGCCAUCGACCAGCUCUGUACCCUGGACAUUGCGGCGCCGUUUGCUUUCCCAGUGGACCUUCAAGCGUACCCCUCCUAUUGCACGGUGGUUGCUUACGUUACGGACCUCAGCACCAUACGCCAAAGGCUGGUCAACCGCUUUUACAGACGAUUGUCGUCUCUGAUGUGGGAAGUCCGUUACAUCGAGCACAACGCGCAAACGUUUAACGAGCCGGGCUCCUUCAUUGUCACCACUGCCAAGUUUGUCUCUGACCUCAUGCUGCAGUUCAUUAAGGACCAAAGUGUAACAGAUCUGAUGCCACUCUACAAAACUCUGAAGAAGGCCACCCUCUCUGACACUGAAGACGAGGAGGAAGAGGACGAUGACGAGGACACGAGUACGCCAGGAACCUCAACGCAAAACAAGGAGCGACGUUUGACACGACGCCAUCUACGCACGCGACCUCCCUCGUAUGACCCUCAAGCGUGGCGAGGACGCUGCAAGGAGCUGCUGGACCUCAUCUUCCAAUGCGAGGACUCUGAGCCCUUCAGAGAACCUGUGGACCUGCAAGAGUAUCCGGAUUACCUCCAGAUUGUAGACUCUCCGAUGGACUUUGGCACGGUCCUCAACACGCUGACUGCAGGCAAGUAUCAGACUCCCAUCCAGCUCUGCAAGGAUGUACGCCUCAUCUUCAGCAACUCCAAAGCGUACACCCCCAGUAAGAAAUCAAGGAUCUACAGCAUGAGUCUGAGGCUGUCUGCGCUCUUCGAGGAGCACAUGAGCUCCAUCCUGGCCGACCACCGGGCCAUCCAUGGCUUGACGGACAAGCUCACCCGACGGGCCGCCGAGCGCCACGUCCGACACACCACCCCUGACCAGCGACCCACACGGCACCUCAAGAGGCGACGCCGCAGUGAGUCUCCCCCUAGCAGCGCGGCAUCCAGCCCAGAGAGGAAGAGGCGCGUGUCGUCCCGAGUGACCAGCAGGCGGGAGCCUUCACCGCCUCCUUCACGGCCACCCUCGCUGAGACAGAACCUUCCCCCGAAGCCCACGCCAACGCUACUCAACGGGAAGACUGACACGCCAGCAGUGGGACGCACGCGUAGCGCCGCCAGACACUUAGCGCACACGCCACCCUCGUCAACGUCUGCGCCGAAUUCCGGCUCUUCAGAGUCGACACGCUCGCUGAGAACGCACAACUCUGUGUCCGCCUCCACGCCACCUGCAGCGGCUGAGAGAUCGACGCCUUCUCCUGCCGUGGAAGGUGGCGUGACCGGAAGCAUUCGGCGGAAACUGAGGAUGCCUUUGAGACGAAGAUCAGGGUCUCCUGAAAGCCCCGCCUCCCAGAGCACCGCCUACCUGAACGGCCACGGCGCUCACGUGACCGCCGGAGCCGGGAGGAGGGGUCGUAGAUCCCGAGCGGAACCACCUGCGAGCCCUCCGGCAGACCCAGCGACUCCGGCCAGCCCCUCCAGGAGACGCGGUCGCCCGCCGGGCAAGAAAAGAGGCAGUAAGGGCAAAACGGACCGUGUCAGUCCUGCCCUUGACGACGAGUUCGACCAGUCUACUGGCGACGAGGGCGGCUCAUCGGCGGCAGUCCUGUCAGACUCUGCCACGCCGAGAAGGAGGGGCCGGCCGCGGUCCAUCAGAACUGAGGAGGUAACAUCACCGCCUCUUUCUCCUCCUCUUCCUACCCACUCUGAGACCCCUGAACCUUCACCGCUGAGAAGGAGCAGCCGACGAGCGCAUGAGGACAUCACAUCUACACUACGGACGCAAAGAGGGGUCCGAAGGGAUGACGCAGCGGACCAUGAGGAGGAAGAGGGCGAGGAUGGGGCGGGCGGCUCUAUGCGCACCCGUAACCAGGGGCGACGCUCGGCCUGGUAUGUGGAGGACGACUCUGAGGAGGAGCAGAGGCAGCUACUCUUUGAGGAUUCCUCCAUCACCUUCGGAACCUCUUCCAAGGGACGUGUGCGCAAGCUGACAGAGAAGGCCAAGGCCAACCUGAUUGGCUGGUAGCCAGACACACACAUUUACACACACACACACACACACAAGCCCCUUUCACACUGCCCAUCAAAGCCGGUUUCCUCGGAAAUUGAAGAAGCUUUGGUUAAAAAAAAAAGAGAAGAUUUAGGAUUUUUUUCUUUUCUCCCCAAAAUUCAAUCUAGUUCUUUUGUAGUUACAAAAUAAUUGAACCCUUGGAUGUAAUUUUUCUGAUGUCUUAUAUAAGAUUGUCAGAAUUAAUUAUUAUUUUCCAAAUAUUGAGCAAUUGGGGUAAAAAAGAAAAAAUGUAUGAUAUAGAAUCUGAAAAACCACAGGAUAAAAUAAUUCAGGGGAUUUAAAUCAUGUUUUGACGAAAAGGAAAAUGAAAAAAAAAGAAUUGGAAGAAAAACAUUUUCAGGCAAAAAUUCAUCACGGGAAGUUGAGAAACGCUGUGUGCAAGGGGCUGCACAUGAACAUGUUUGGCCCAGCUACUGCUAACCCAAGCUGUGCCCUCUUCCCUCAAGUAUUGGUCCAUGUUGGACCCCCCCUCCCUUGUUUAGUGCUUGAAAGAAAAGCCGCAGGAGGAGCUUGCUUUACGGAACUGUACCUCGAGCGCGGUGAAAAAUGCCCACUUGAGCCCAGAACGUUUCCCCCCCUGUCCCCAGAUGUUGUUUUUAUACACCCCCUGUCCUCCUUUUUCUUUUUCUAACAUUUGUAUGAUGUUUCGCCCUCUGCUGGAAGUCUUAUGUGUUGCUGUCCAAUGAAAAGCAUGAACCUCCAUAUACUGUAUUUGUGCCCGAAAAUUCCACACUACCCAUUUUUUUUUUUUUUCCUUCAGCUUUUUUGCCCAAAUUGUUUUUUUAAAUGAUACUGAUAAAACGUUUUGGUGAUGCAAUGCUUUACAGUGGACAACAACAAUCUGGAAAUGGCAUGUGAAUAAUUUCUCAGAUAAAUAGAAUGUGUGCUGUCCAAUGAAAAUGACCUAUUUACAAAUUUGGUGACUUGAAUUUUUAUUCAACUGCAUUAUUUUAAUCAGGAUUUUUGUGUUUUCUUUUUUUCACCAAGGGAAAACACAAAAAGGAAAAAAGAAUGUGGCAAUACAUAGUUUCUAGUGUCUGGGUGAGUGUUGUCCAAUGAAAAUCCUGUACCUUCACAAAAGUAAUUUUUGAUUUGUUUUAAAUUUGCAAUUUUGGAAAAAGUAAUUGUUUUUCAUAAAACAGGAAAUUUUUUGGAGAUACUGUAUAUGCUUUUCAGUAGACAAUGUAUGCAUCCCUGUCCAAUGAGGAAACAUUAGUCACAAAAACUCUUGGAUUUUGAAGAAAUUUCUUUAAAACUAAAUAUUUUAUUAGUUAAAAAGAAUCACCAAAUUAUUUUAUUUUUUUUAAUUUUUUUUUUCCUUUCUAGGAAAACAUUACAAAAGCUUUCCAUUAGACAAGGACAACAUAGAUGUGUGUGCUGAUAAACCAAAUGUUGUACCUUUUUACUGGUACUAUUGGUCCGAAGGGUUAUAUUAUGUUUGUGUGUCAACAUGGACAAAGGAGCUCGUGUGUACAUCCUCUUACAUUAGCAAUGUGCCUUUAUGUCUGAUGCGUGUGUAGGUGUGUGGGUGGGUGUGAGAGACAAAAGUUGUGUAUUUAUUAGAUCAUGUGACUCAUAUCACAUAAGCAACGCUAUAUCCACAUGCACUUACCCCGCACAGCUUCUUUGCAAUGUGCUUUUUACUGUAUUUUUAAGUGUUGUGACCACACACGCACACACAUACAUGUAUAAAUAUAUUUCUAAAGCAAAUUG